AUGGCGCAGAUCCCUAGCUUGGAUAAUGCUCCUCUCAAUCUCAAAUCUAUUAGGGAGAAGUCACAGAGAGAGCUCGUCAACUUGCUUAAAGACAUUCGUGGAAGUAAGUGUCUGGUUAUUGAUCCAAAGCUCAGUGGCUCUGUCUCGUUGAUCAUUCAGACGUCUGCUCUGAAGGAACUUGGUUUGGAAUUACGACAUCUUUCUGCAGAACCAGUUCUGACUGAAUGCACGAAAGUGGUUUAUCUUGUUCGCUCUCAACUCAGUUUUAUGAAAUUCAUAGCUUCUCACAUUCAGAAUGAUAUUUCAAAAGCGAUUCAGAGAGACUACUACGUUUACUUUGUACCUCGUAGGUCAGUUGCGUGUGAGAAGAUUCUUGAGCAGGAAAAAGUUCAUGACCUGGUUACCGUGAAGGAGUUUCCACUGUACAUGGUUCCACUAGAUGAGGAUGUGAUAUCGUUUGAGCUAGAGCUCUCGGAAAAAGAUUGCCUUGUGGAUGGUGAUGUUAGCUCACUUUGGCAUGUCGCAAAAGCCAUACAUGAGCUCGAGUUUUCUUUUGGAGUUAUAUCGAAAGUGAGGGCAAAGGGCAAAGCAUCAGUUCGUGUUGCAGAUAUACUUAACCGCAUGCAAGUGGAGGAACCUGUCAGUUCAAAUGAUGUGGCAAGGCCUGAAGUGGAUGCACUCAUUUUAUUGGAUAGAGAGGUUGACAUGGUUACUCCAAUGUGUUCCCAGUUAACUUAUGAGGGACUGAUAGACGAGUUCUUGCAUAUCAGUAAUGGAGCUGUCGAGGUCGACUCAGCUGUGAUGGGUGCACAGCAGGAGGGAAAAAAGAUGAAAGUUCCCUUAAAUUCAAGUGAUAAAUUAUUCAAGGAGACAAGGGAUCUCAACUUUGAAGUCGUUGUACAGGUUCUACGGCAGAAGGCAACAACCAUGAAGGAGGACUACACUGAAAUUAAUUCUACCCAGACAGUUUCUGAGCUAAAGGACUUUGUCAAGAAGCUUAACUCGUUACCAGAGAUGACUAGGCACAUACAUCUUGCCCAGCACCUGACAACGUUCACAUCCAAGCAGUCAUUUCUUUCCAAACUUGAUAUGGAGCAGACACUUGUUGAGGCAGAAAGUUAUGACAUAUGCUUUGAAUACAUAGAAGAGAUGAUCCAUAAACAGGAGCCUCUUACUAAUGUCCUACGUCUAUUAGUCCUAUUUUCUGUUACAAACUCAGGGUUACCCAAAAAACAAUUUGAUUAUAUAAGAACGGAACUACUCCACAGUUAUGGGUUUGAGCAUGUGAUCGCAUUGAACAACUUGGAAAAAGCAGGAUUGUUGAAGAAGCAGGAGUUUAAAAGCAACUGGCAGACAGUGAAACGUACAUUGAAACUUAUAGUUGAAGACACGGAUACGUCAAGGCCUGAGGAUAUCGCUUAUGUCUAUUCUGGAUAUGCUCCUCUCAGCAUUCGUCUUAUCCAACAAGCUAUUCAUUCUGGAUGGCGUCCUAUAGAAGACAUACUGAAGCUAUUACCAGGACCGCAUCUUGAAACUAAAAGAAGUGGAUUCCCGAGUAGUCCAUUAAUUGAUUCAUUACAUGGAGCUUCAAAUGGGGUUGCUGAUGGAAGACGCUCAAUUGUUCUUGUUGUCUUCAUUGGUGGUGUAACCUUUGCUGAAAUCUCUGCUCUACGGUAUCUCGCCUCUAAGGAAGGAAUGGCUUAUGAUUUGAUUAUUGCCACUACAAAAAUCGUCAAUGGUGCAACAUUGAUAGAAACAUUCAUGGAAAAACUGGGCUGA